UGUUGGCAGCUCUGCUCCCGGUAGAAGCAAGUCGAGUAGCGCGAAGCGAGCAGCGGGACGCAAACGACGCGGAGGAAUAGUCGGUGAGAUACGUGCGCGAGGUCUUAUAUUCUCGUUCGCGAGUGUGUUAUGAUCGCCGACGCGAGCAAUUGAGCGAUCAACGUCGUCGCAUCUGAGCGGGACAACCACUGCGUGUGCCUGUGAUAUGCCAAUAAUUGGCGUUCGCGGCACCGCGAAUGGACGUUCCGUCCUAGAGUCCAGCCGACGCUACACAGCGAGCGACUCACUCUCGCCGAGGCGAAGUCACUAAAGAUCUCUAACAGUACACCAUAUCAAAAUGAGUGCAGCCAUGGAGAACGGAGCCGGCAAUGGCAAAUCUGCUGCCAAGCAGAAGACCAUCGAGGGCAUUUAUCAAAAGAAAUCGCAGUUGGAACACAUCCUGUUACGGCCGGAUACCUACAUCGGAUCCGUCGAGCCACUUACAGAGAUGAUGUGGAUUUUCGAUAAAGAGAAGGAUAUGAUGAUUCAGAAGGAUAUAAAGUACGUUCCUGGAUUAUACAAAAUCUUUGAUGAAAUCCUGGUGAAUGCCGCCGAUAAUAAACAACGUGAUCCCAAGAUGGACAUGAUCAAGAUCGAUAUCGAUGUUGCAAACAACACUAUUUCCGUGUGGAACAAUGGGAAAGGUAUCCCUGUAGUGGUACACAAGGAAGAGAACAUGUACGUACCUACCAUGAUAUUUGGCCACCUUUUGACCUCCUCGAAUUACGACGACGAGGAGGAAAAAGUGACCGGUGGCAGAAAUGGCUAUGGUGCGAAGCUGUGUAAUAUUUUUAGUCACCGUUUUACCGUCGAAACUGCAACAAAAGAGUAUAAGAAGUCGUUAAAGCAAACAUGGGGCAACAACAUGGGAAAAGCCAGUGAGCCUAGAAUCAAGGAAUAUUGCGGUGAAGAUUUCACGAAAGUCACGUUUUCGCCGGACUUGUCAAAGUUCAAGAUGCAGUCUCUCGAUGAUGAUAUCGUGGCUCUCAUGUCCCGAAGAGCGUACGACGUGGCUGCUUCCUCGAAGGGCGUAAAGGUGUAUCUGAACGGCACCCGCAUUCCAGUAAAGAAUUUUAAGGAUUAUGUAGAUUUGUACAUUAGGGGGAAGGAAGAUGAUGCCGGAAACGCGUUCAAGAUCGUUUAUGAGAAUUGCAACCCUCGCUGGGAAGUGGCAAUCACCUUGUCUGACAAGGGAUUCCAACAAAUGUCAUUUGUAAAUAGCAUCGCGACAACGAAGGGUGGCAGACACGUCGACCACGUGACAGAAUUGAUAGUCAAACAGUUGACUGAAACGCUGAAGAAGAAGAACAAAGCCGGCGUGGCGAUUAAGCCGUUCCAGAUCAAGAAUCACUUGUGGAUCUUCAUCAACUGUCUCAUCAACAAUCCCACAUUCGACUCUCAGACUAAGGAAAAUAUGACCCUGCAGCCCAAGAGCUUUGGUUCCAAGUGCACGUUCACCGAUAAAUUUAUCACUUCCGUUACAAAAGUUGGUAUCGUGGAAGCGGUGUUGUCCUGGGCAAAAUUCAAAGCUGAUAGUCAGCUUGAGAAGCUGGGCCCUAAAUCGAAGCAGAGAAAACUUCACGGUAUACCCAAGUUGGAAGAUGCCAAUGACGCAGGAACUGCAAAAUCGCUGGAGUGCACGCUGAUAUUGACCGAGGGAGACUCAGCCAAAACGAUGGCUGUGUCUGGUAUCGCCUCCAUAGGCCGAGAUAAAUACGGCAUAUUUCCAUUGCGAGGCAAAAUGCUAAACGUGAGAGAAGCUACGCACAAGCAGAUUCUGGAGAACGCUGAAAUUAAUAACUUGAUAAAGAUCCUUGGUCUUCAGUACAAGAAGAAGUACGAAACUCGAGACGACCUGAAAACGUUGCGCUAUGGAAAAAUGAUGAUCAUGACUGAUCAGGAUCAGGACGGUUCACAUAUCAAAGGUCUCUUGAUCAAUUUUAUCCACCACAAUUGGCCCUCGUUGUUAAAACUGAAUUUUAUUGAGGAAUUUAUUACGCCGAUCGUGAAGGCCACCAAGGGCAAUCAGACUCUGUCCUUCUUCUCGCUACCGGAAUUCGACAUGUGGAAAAAGGAAACGGAAAAUUUCCAUACGUAUAAGAUCAAAUACUACAAAGGUCUGGGUACUUCGACCGCCAAAGAGGCGAAGGAGUACUUCGAGAAUAUGACCAGACACAGAAUACGCUUCCGGUACGACGGCGAGCAGGACGAUCAGAAUAUCAUCAUGGCAUUCAGCAAGAAGUGUGUCGAUCAACGCAAGGAUUGGCUGAUGAAUCACAUGAACGAGACGAAAAGAAGGAAGGAAAUCGGCCUGGGCGAACGUUAUCUCUACGAGAAAGACACGCGCGCCGUCUCCUUCUCGGACUUUAUUAACGUGGAGCUGGUGCUGUACAGCAACUAUGACAACGUGAGAUCUAUUCCGAACAUGAUAGACGGUUUCAAGCCAGGCCAGAGGAAGGUGAUGUUCACGUGCUUGAAACGUAACGAUAAACGCGAGGUGAAAGUCGCUCAGUUGGCGGGAUCGGUUGCCGAACACUCGGCCUACCAUCACGGCGAGACGUCCCUCAUGGCGACCAUAAUCAACCUCGCGCAGAACUUCGUCGGCAGCAAUAAUAUUAAUCUACUGCAACCCAUCGGUCAGUUCGGCACGAGGCUUGCCGGAGGAAAAGACGCCGCCAGUCCGAGAUAUAUUUUCACGAUGCUGAGUCCGUUAGCGAGGUAUAUAUUCCACAAACACGACGACGCUCUCCUGAGGCACGAGUACGACGAUAAUCAAAAGAUCGAACCGGUCUUCUACGUGCCCGUAAUUCCCAUGAUGUUAGUCAAUGGCGCCGAUGGCAUCGGUACCGGAUGGAUGACCAAGAUUCCGAAUUACAAUCCUCGGGAGAUCAUUGAGAAUUUGCAGAGAAUGAUGGACGGCGCGGAUCCAAAACCAAUGACACCGUACUAUAAAAAUUUCAAAGGCGCCGUAGAGAGUUGCGGAGAUUAUCGUUACGUUAUUAGCGGUGAAGUAUCGAUAAUAGGACCCGAUAAAAUUGAAAUCACUGAACUUCCCAUUGGUACAUGGACACAAACCUACAAGGAAACUGUGCUGGAACCUAUGUUACACGGGACUGAUAAAACGCCGGCUAUCAUCACGGAUUACAAAGAGUACAACUCAGACACCGCGGUACACUUCAUAGUAAUGUUGAAUCGUGACAAAUUGUACGAACUGGAAAAAGAAGGUCUUCAUAAAGUGUUCAAACUACAGACGACGAUGACAAUAACGUCUAUGUGUGCGUUCGACGAGAAUCAAUGUCUGAACAAAUACGAUAACGUGGUACAAAUAUUGAAAGUAUUUUAUAAAGUACGACUGGAUACGUAUCACAAGAGGAAGGAUUACUUGGAGGGAGUUCUGCAAGCGGAGGCGGCGAAGCUGUCGAAUCAAGCGCGCUUCAUUCUCGAGAAGUGCGACGGCAAUUUGGUGAUAGAGAACAAAAAGAAAAAGGACAUGAUAGCGGAGUUGGUCCGACGUAAUUACGACUCGGACCCAGUAGUGGCGUGGAAACUCGCGCAGAACAGGGAACAGGCACUGGAGGAAGUUGCGGCGGACGAGGAUGAGAAUGCUCCGACCGCGACUGCAAUGGAGAAGGAAAACUUCGAUUACCUUCUCGGAAUGACCAUGUGGUCAUUAACGAAAGAGAAAAAGGACGAUUUGUUGCGGCAACGGGACGAGAAAGUUUCCGAAUUGAAAAGAUUGCAAGCUCGAACGCCGAUAUCUUUGUGGAAAGAAGAUCUGGACAAUUUGUUGAUUGAAUUAAACAAGUUGGAAGAAAAGGAGCGGAAGGAGGAAACCAAAUCGAAACAAAACGAGAAGAAACCGCCCUCGAAGUUCUACAAGGGCGAAGAUACUCGCCGCAUACUUCCUGUCAUCGAUGUCGAACUGAAAAAGAAGAUCGAAAAAGCGGAUAUUGUGUCGAAAGACAAAAAAGAAGGCAUAAAGAAGCCUAGAGUAAAGAAAGAGGCAAUCUCGCUAGAUGAGAAGGAUGAGUUUGAUGCAUUACUCGAAUCCAAUACGAAAUCUCUCGACGACAGGCUUGGAAAUUCUCCUGAAAAAAUAGAAAAAAAGAUGGGCUCGAAGAAAGGAGUGAAGCAAACGACCUUGCAAUUUAAGCCGAUCAAAAAGGGAGCCAAGAAGAAGGAUAAGGAUUCGGACGAUAGCGAUGACAUUGAUUUUGGCAGUAUUUCACCGCUCCCGCAACCCGCACGAUCGUCUCGCAGAGCAGCAGCAACUAAGAAGAAGUACACAAUAGAGAGUAGCGAGGAGGAUUCGGAUAGUGAUCGUGAAAUGUUUAGCAUCUCCGAUUCCGAGCAAGUACACAAGAAACAGGAUUCCAUCAUAGCAUUAAGCGACUCCGAUGACAACUUCAAACCAAGCAAGAAACCGGCCCAACCGGCACCGACUUCGGAGGAACUAUUCGACUCGUUGGUCGGCUCUUCCCCAGAAAAGCAACAGAAACCUUUGAUAUCCUCAUCAGGGGAGGAUUCGCCUCUAAAGUUUACGCCGCCUAAGAAAGCACCUGCUAAGAAGAAGACUGAGAACGGUGGCAAUAAAAAUCUGAAAAGACAGAAGAAGAAAAUGAAAUCGUCCGAGGACUCUGAUACGGAUGACAUGUUCACGGCUAAGCAGAGUAAGAAGAAAAAGAAGAAAUCGGACUCCGAGGACGACACUGUGGAGGAUUCACAGUUGCCACCGCCUCGGAAAACUGCUGGUCGAGUUCGAAAGCCCGUAUCUUACGCGUUGAAGUCGGAUGACGAAGAUUCUGAUUGAAUGCUGUCACGCCGCACUGUGAAAUUGUGACAAAGAGAGAGAGAGAAAGAGAAAGACGAUGUGAUCGAAGUAGCUUAGAAUGAAUCCGGUGUCGAGACGAAGUUCGCUGAUCGUGAAGGAACAUUGCGCGCCUUUGUUCAGAGAAUUUCAAGAUUUUACCUCGCACCAGAAUCGAGCGACAUUAGUAGUAAUUUUUACGCGGGGUGCUUCGUACAGGAUUUGCCAGAUGUUGGAGAUGCGUCUCGAGAUAUCUUUAAAAGCAGAAAAAGUCAUUUGGAAUCAAAUAUGUACGAUUAGUUUUGUUUUAUCGAGGAAAACUAUUUUGAUUUAAGACGCAUUCUUAAACUUUGCUGGUGUGUUCUUCCUGAAACGCUCCGUACACAAUCUUGUACAUAGCGUUGCGAGUGAGUGGAAUUUUGCGAAACCGAAAGCACUACGAGCAGAGCGCCGCAGAGUGCACCGGGUGUGCCCAGAAUACUCGUUUGACUCUCACGUGAUUCGAAUUUUUUGUUUUGAAAAAAAUUCCUAGUCUAAAGCGAGAAUUGUGAGAACUGUAUUGUAAUGCCCGAGAUUAUUUUAGCGAUUGACCAUAGCGCAUUUCCCUUCUUUAAAAGUUUAGAUGCAAGUGGCACGCCCGUACUUCGCAGAAAGAACCUUCGGCGCCGCCUGUACUACUAGGUAGAUUAAUUAGAACGCGCAAUAUACAACAUUAUUCUCCAGAUCUCGGAUUAUCGCACAACCAACAUACCUUUCAUCGUAUACGUAUCACGCACGUUUUCAUUGGAAUUUUAUUUGUGAAACGCGUUUUAGUAAAAAAAAAAAAGGAAAAAGACAAGAUGUAACAUGAAUCCCGGCAAAAACAAGCAUUUUAUAGAAAAUGAAAAGAACAAAAUGAAAUCUGCACAUGUUUUAAAUAUAUUUUUACAUACGUCACAAUAUGGAUUUCUUUCAAGUUAUCUAAGACUAAAAGUGAAAUUAUACAGCGCGCGGUAAAUGUCUAUUAUACAUAUAUACAUAUAUAGGAUGGAUCUUACGACUAUACUGCGCUCAAUAUGUGUUAAGCGAAAGGAUCGGACGUUUAGCUGUAUACUGACCACGCAUAGAGCAGAACAACGGUUGACUUCAUGCUCGUCUUUCACUGUACGCAUCUGUAGGGUAACGAAAACCUGGUUAAACACGUAAAAAGGCUGAAAAUCACAAUUCAAUUUUCGACUACAGUCAGAAGGAAAGGAUUGAGCGGACUAAUACGAACAAAAGCUAAUUAGCGUUUCCAACAUUAACUGGAAGAUUGCGCGAAACUAACGGAACUGAUUAACUUUUGAUGCAUAUUAGUGUGUAUUCAGUAAAACCGACCUCUGACUGUACAUAUAUAUAUAUACAUAUUAGUUUUUUUACGCGUACUUGUUCAAUCGUGUAAGAGUAAGAGGAUGAAGAAGAUGAUUGUGAUUGCAAUUGACACGACCUUACACUUGCCGUUACAUGAAUAUCGAUAUACAUACAAACAGAGCCGAUUGAAAUUUAUAAAUUUUCCGAUACUGAUCGAUAGUGUCCGGUCACGUUGCGUGCGUUCUCCGCCUAA